AUGUACUUCUUCUUUCUUUUUCGACUGAUUCUGUUCUUGGUUUGGGUUAGGUUUGUGAACCAGUUUCUCCCUUCAUCUUCCUAUUUUCGACUGAUUCUGUUCUUGGUUUGGGUUAGGUUUGUGAAUCAGUUUCUCCCUUCAUCUUCCUUUCGACUGAUUAUGUUCUUGGUUUGGGUUAGGUUUGUGAAUCAGUUUCUCCCAUCAUCUUCCUAUUUUCGACUGAGAUCACCGUUCAAGAAUCAAUUCUCACAGGUUUCAAUUAUUGCAUUAAUCUUCGCCAUUAAGAUCACCGUCCAAGAAUCAAGAUUGACUUCAGCCGAAUCGUAG